UGGUUUGUGGUUACCCCCCAUUUUCCCAAACGCAUUAUAAAAUCCCUAAUCUCAUCUACACGCGUUUCCUCACAAAAUUUCCUAAAUUUCUGAAAUUUCGAUCGAAAAUCUCAGCGACUUCUUCACGCAAUCUCUCUAUCUCUCAACCGCCACCAAAUUCAAGGACGAAAUCAAAUAAUUGCUCUUUGUCUCAGCCUCAUUUGUGACAUUGCGGCCUAAGACGUAGUCGUUAUAACAAAUCAAGAAUUCAAUUCCUUCACUCUGUACUGUUCUCCAUUCGCUGCAUUCUUUAUCUCACGUUUUGGAGCAUUUGUAAGAGUGGUUGCAUUGUGAUUUCUGUUAGAGUCAAGUACAGAUUCGGUAUUUUUCAGUUGGUAAAGCAGUAGAGAUCAGAAGCCCAAGUAGGGAAUUUAUUUAGAACUUUGCCUUCUGGUAAGUGUAUGUAGUUCAAUGGUUCCUUAUAGAUCUGAUAUAUUUCAAAUCAUGUGUUUUAUAUUAGGGAUGUUCUUCUGGAUGGAUAAUUAUUCUGAUUGCACAUAAUGUUAAUUUCUUUGGAACAAAGGAAUUACAGUCCUGGCAGUAAUAAUUUGAUAAACCCUUCAUAGUGCAUGACUAUAUUUCUUUUGUAUUAGACUGACUACAUUCUUUUAGAAACUCCAAACCUGAUUGAAUUUUUUUCUCUACGUUGUCAUUGACCUAGAUUUUGCGUAGGUUCUUAUCUUCCUGCUAGUCAAAUUGAAUUUGACAAUUGUUCAAAAUUUUGUUAGUACUCUCGAUUUGAAGACAUAUUGUUAUGUGAAUUGGAUGGGGAAGGGAUAAGGUGAAACAUUAUACAGAAAUAUUUACCAGAGAACAUUUGUACCCUGCGCAAUCCACUUAGAUGCUUCUAUUGUUUAUUUUAUGAUAAGAGAAUAAAUUACUUCUGUAUACAACAUGACAGUAGUGUAUUCCUGCUUAUCUAAUUGAUGAACGUUGAUUAUGCAUGAUGGUACUUUUGUCAUAAUAACUUCAACUUGCUUAGCAAAAUCAAACAGUGUAUACAAGAUGGCUGGUGUGAAACGAAGAUUAGAUACUGAUUCAGAUAUUCAUGCUCUUAACAAAGAACUGGAUGCCGUUUCGUGCCCCAUCUGCAUGGACCAUCCACAUAAUGCCGUUCUCCUGCUUUGUAGCUCGCAUGAUAAAGGUUGCAGAUCAUAUAUAUGUGAUACAAGUUACAGGCAUUCAAAUUGCCUGGACCGUUUUAAAAAGUUGAGGGAAAUACUAGGAACAGUCCAACUCUACCCAGUCCUUUACCUAUAAACCGUUAUGGUCCUAGCAUUACUUCUGAUCUGAACAUCCCUCUGAGAAUAGACUCAAAUGAAGCUAAUGAAAGUCACAACCUGAUUGAAAGCAAUUCUGUAUUAUCUGUUAAUUUACCUGGACUGCGACAACAAAAUGUUAUUCAAGAUUUAAAUAGGCCUUUUGAAGCACAACCAGAAGGUUUUAUGGAAGUGGUUGAUUCUGAGUCAUUUCAGGAAAGGGCUGAACAUGAUGAUUUGGAUGGGGAAAUUUCACCGGAGUCACAAUUGAGCUUGAAAUGCCCUAUGUGCCGUGGAGCCAUUCUUGGAUGGGAGGUUGUAGAAGAUGCCAGAAAAUAUCUUAACCUGAAGAAGCGAAGCUGUUCUCGGGAAUCAUGCUCAUUUUCUGGAAACUACCAGGAGUUGCGCCGGCAUGCCAGGAGAGUUCACCCAACCACUAGACCCUCUGACAUUGACCCGUCUAGAGAACGAGCCUGGCGACACCUUGAGCACCAGAGAGAAUUUGGUGAUGUUGCAAGUGCUAUUCAUUCAGCCAUGCCAGGUGCUGUUGUGGUUGGGGACUAUGUUAUUGAAAAUGGAGAUAGGCUAGCGGGUGGAGGGGAAAGUGGUGUAGUUGAAGCUAAUGGACCUUGGUGGACAACUCUGUUUUUGUUUCAGAUGAUUGGCUCAGCUGACCGUGCUGGGGAACCAAGGGCUCGAUCGAGGCCUUGGACAAGACAUCGACGGUCAGCAGGUGCUUUAAAUGAACGCCGGUUUCUUUGGGGUGAGAAUUUGUUAGGUCUUCAGGAUGAUGACGAUGAUGACGAUGAUGAGGACAAUGAUGAUGACAACAUGCCUAUGAUUAAUCACAGAGAUUUGUCUCCAAUCCCCAGAAGGCGUCGGCGUUUAACACGCUUGAGGUCCGAUGAGGAUCGACCAUGAGAAGUGUCCAUUUGAUCUGAAAAUCCCAGUCAGAUGAGACCGCCUGCUCCAAGAACCGCAUCAGCUUGUUGGAACUUAGAAGAGUGUUGAAAAAGAUCAAGCUGAUCGUUGUGGGGCAAUGGCAGUGCUAAUUUGAAGGGGAUUCUCUUAAGCCCGUGUUCUCUUUACCUGUGGGAGGAAUGAGCCUGUGGUUCACGUCUAGCAGCCCGAAUCCUCUAUUUCAAGUAGGCAGAGGGUGCCAACAGAAGUUGAGCCAUAACUCUUUCACUUUCUGGCCGACACGAGCCAAAUGCUAUUCCGUACUUGUAUGAUAUGGUUAUGAAGUCGAUAUCAGUUCUACUCUAUGCUUGUUUAUAAAUAACAUUAGACUUUGUCUGUAUUAGAAUGUAAAUAGUUUAUGCAUCAAUCAAAUUUCAGGUUGAAUAAAAGAUUGAAAUUUUCAAGCAA